AUGAUGAAAUUGCGCUACGCUCGGGCUGACAAGAGAGGCAAGCUGCCGCGCUGGAUCCAGGAGCACAUCACCGACAGCAGCCUCAACCUCACCAUCGACGAGACGCUACAACUCUCCAAACACUUCCUGAGACAGAUGGCACAGCCUUUCAAACAGGAGGACCAGCUGGGCUUGUCUCUACUGACUCUGGAGCAGCUCCAGUCGGAGGAGAUGCUGUCGCGCAUUAACGACAUCACACACAAGACGUGAGGCUCAGCUCUCCUCAUCUCACCCACAAGACGUGAGGCU